UGCUGCAUCAAAAAAUAAAACUUUUUACAAAAAUACUGAAAAUUCUACAAAAAUAAUCAAAUAUUUAUGAUUUUAACAAGAAACACUAAGAUAAAAUGCGUGGUAAACAUUUAACAAAAGCAAAUAACCCCAAGGAAGAUGAUACGGACAGCCCACCAACUUGGCUCAAUUGGUGUCGUCUGUGUGCAAAACGCGAAUUAAGUGAGCAGGAGAAUUCAUCAAUAUUUGCUAAAAAUGAAGCUGGAAAGCAGGGUUCUGACUUGGCCACCUCGGUGGGAAAAUAUUUUUGGGUUAAUAUAAAACCGGAUGAUGAGAUUUCCCAAUGUUUGUGCUGGGAUUGCCAAGAACUUGUGGAAGAAUUGGUAAUAUUUACAGAACGUGUUAACAAGGUUCAAACUUUAUUUUGUUUAUUGCAAAAUAUAAAACCCGAGACAUCUGCAGAAGCUGAUAAAUUUCGUUCACAGUGUGGCCUAGUUGAUGAGGCAUGGCAACAUAUAAUAAAACCGGAUCCUCCAAAAGUUCAAGAACCACCAAAACCAUUGUUUAUGGAUCAACAGGUGCAAACAGAUUUGAAUUUUACACCCGAAAAGCAAAAAGAUCAAACCAAAAAUCCGUCAUCCUCCAAAGAUACGGAUGAAAUUAUAAAUAUACUAAGGAAAGGCGAUAAGAAUGAGGAAUAUGAAAGUCAAGCUGAAUCUGUAGCGGAACAAGGCUACGAGUAUGUCAUGACUUGUGAUAAUGACAUAGAAUUUGUGGUAAAUGAGGAAUUUAUUGUGCCAUCCAAUAGUGUAGACCAUGAAGAAGUCCAACAGAACCAACAGGUGGUAACCGAGGGAGAGGAUGAAAUGGAUGAAGAUGUUCAAGAUAGUGAUCUUUUCAAAGAACUCAAAUAUAAAGUGGAUGAUGAUGAUGAUGAUGAGGAGGAGGAUGAAGAAAAUUGUAAAAGAUUUAAAAUUAUUUCGCAAGAGGAAGAAGUGGAAGUAGAGUAUCAAGAUUCCUCACAAACAUUACCGCAACAUGAAGACGAAGAUAUGGAAGAGUCUGUCGAAGUGCUGGAUGAAGAGGAUGAUGAGGAUUAUGUUAAUACCAGCGAAAGUAAAAAUCAUAUGAAAGUUAAUGCACUUGAGUUAUUAAAAGCAAAGCGUGGAAGACCUUUUGGCUCAAAGAAAUUAGGCAAAGACAGUUCCUCCUAUCUCUACGAAUGUAAAGAUUGUAAACGUAGUUAUAAAAAUCCCACUGUCUUCCGUAAACACAUGGUAACCUUACAUGACACCAUAAUAGAAUUAAAGGAUCUACAGACAACCAACAGAUGCAAAGUCUGCAAUAAAGAAUUUUUAACCCAAAGUAGCUUAAAAGCGCACAUGAGACAUCACCUGCCCGAUGAAGAAAAAUUCAAUGUACCCUGUCCCUAUUGUGAUCGUAAAUUUUCCCAAGUGGGUGCCAUGAGGCAACAUGUUAAUGGCAUACACCACCAGAUGAAACCUUUCAUAUGCGAUCAAUGUGGUCGAGCUUGUAAAACAAUGGCAGCUCUUACGGAACAUCAAUUGGUGCACACCAGCGAAUGUCCCUUUGAAUGUGAGGUGUGUCAUAAAACAUUUAAAAAUAAACCUAGACUCAAAUCGCAUAUGGAUACACAUAACAAAUCUGUCUAUAAAUGUUCCGAAUGUGAUCUAGAGUUGAAUACAAGAAGAACUUUACUGCAGCAUCGACUGGUGCACAGUGAUGUCAGAAGUUUUAAGUGUGAAUUUUGUGAUUCUUCCUUCAAGAGAUCAAAAGCAUUGAAAAAUCAUUUGAUUUUGCAUUCGGGUCUGAGACCCUACAAAUGUAAUUUCUGCAAUCGAGCAUUUUCAAACGGUUCAAAUUGUAGGGCUCACAAAAAACGCUCCCAUCCCCAAGAAUUGGCCGAAGAGGAGGCCACCGGCAAGGUAGCAGAACGUGUACCCAUACCUAAACUAGAGGAACUAAAAUCAGCCAAGGGAGUUUUAGUGCAGCCUCGUAAAGUUAAGCGAGCCGGUCGUUUGCGCGAUCAGUACCUUAAACUAUUGCAAACCGAAAAACGCAAGGAACAACAAAAUUCUCAAGAUUAUGCAGAUGUUGGUGCUGCGGAAAAGUAUGAAUCGUAUUCUGAUUUUCACUAUGAAAUUGCCAAAUCGGAAAUUGACGAAACCGAAUCUUUGCUGGAUAAUCCUAGUGAGGAAUGUGAAGAAACUGUUAUAUACGAAAUUAUUGAUGAGAUCUAAUAGUAAUAUUGGGAUAACUAACUAUUUUUUGUAUGUGAAUCCGUAUGUAUAAACAUAGUAUAUAAUUUUUUAGUUAUUAAUUGCUUCUAACAUUUAGUUUAGGUAUUCCGUUUAGUUUAAUGUAUGUUUUAAAUAACAAUUUAAUAUUUUUUUUUUGAGUGCAAGAAAAAAAUAUAUAUAAAGAUAUAUAUAAACAUGAUUUGGAA